AUGCCUAAAAUUACCACCAACACAUCAACACUGCAAAGACAACAACAACAAAAUGAUCAAGUAGUCAUUAAUUCAUCAUCACCAUCACCAUCUAAUGAAGAUGAUUUAUUUAAUAAUAAUAAUAUUCAUCAUCAAGAUAGUGGACCAUUAUCAACUCCUUCAUCCUCAUCAUCAUCAAGUGGUGGUAGUAGUAAUAAUAGUAGUAGUAAUGGAAAUAUAAGUCAUAGUAAUGAAGAGGAAGAAGAAACAAUUCAAUAUCAUCCAAUUAGUUGUUUAAAUUGUAAAAGGCUUCAUAAAAAGUGUUCAAAACAAUUACCAUCAUGUUCACAAUGUCAAUUAAAAGGAAUUGAAUGUAAAUAUUCAGAACCAGUUAAUAAGAAAAAGAAUAUGGAAUUAAAUAAUAAUAUUAGUAAUAUAAAUAAUAUUCAAUUAAUUAAUCAAAAUAUUAAUACAAAUUUACUUAAUAAUCCACUUUUAAAUAGUUUAAAUAAUAAUCAAAUUAAUAAUAAUCAUUUAUCUAAAAGAAAUGUUAUUGAUUUAUAUUUUCUUGUCAUUUGUUAUGGAAAUCCAAUUAUUAAACGUCAAUUAUUAGAAGAUGUUAUUUUAAAUGCUACUACUAAUAAUAAUUCUAUUAAUGGAAAUUUAGAAAAUGAAAAGGAAAUUACAUGUUUAUUUUAUUCAAUUCAAGCAUUAUGUGAACAAAGAUGUGGAUUUACAGAAUUAUCUGAAAAGAGUGCAAACAAAUCAAGAAAUUUAUUAUCAAAAAUAUUUGAUUUUCAUACAAAUUUUUAUGUUGCAUGUACAUAUGUUUAUUUAGCAUUAUUUGAAUCUUCAAAUGGAAGAUAUAGAAAUGCAAGAUAUUAUUUACAUAAUUCUAAUUUUUACUUUUCUGAAAAGGGAGGUGAUGCUAAUUUAAAUCAAGAUGAAAUUACUUUGGCAAAAAUUAGAAUUUUUGUCAGUUUUUUAUGUAAUAAUGAAUAUGCUGCACAACAUUCAACUGAUUUUGAUAUUUCAAGUAUGUUAAAGGAAUUACCACACAUGUUUUAUAUGGCAACUGGUAAAAUUUUACCAAAUGAAUGGAAUUUUUUAAUAUUUGGAGAAGACAUUACAAGUCAAAAUUUUACAAAACAAUUACGUGCAGCUGAAGCAAUUUCAGGUACAGCUCAUAAAUCACUUCGUGAAACAGUACCUAAAGAAUUUAUUCAAACACGUGGAUAUAAUUUAUGUGAUACAUCAUUUACAAUAAUUGUAAAUGGAUUAAGAAUUGGAAUAUUAUCUAAAGUUAAUUGUGGUAAACAAAUGAUUGAAGAAAGUGCAUUAAAAAUAACAUAUUGUACACAAGUUGAUGCAUUUUCAUUAUUUCCACCUAAUAUGAUAACUUAUAUUAUUGUUGCUACUAGAAUUCAUUUACAAAUUGUAAAACAAAUUUUAAAUUCACAACGUUUAAAUAAUCAAAUUGGAUUGGAUAUAAAUGGUAAUUAUACAAAUAUAGAUUAUUUUGAUAUUUUAAAAAGAGAUUUAAGAGCUUUGAAAUUAUUAGAAUCACGUUAUAAAAGAGUUACUUUAAUUUAUGGUAAUUUUAUUAAGGAAAUUGAAGAUUUACUUUAUUUAAAUCAAUAUAAUAAUACUUUAAAUAAUUCUAAUACUUUAAAACAUUCAACAAGUAAUAUUUUAAAAAUUCAUGAAACUUCAAUAACAUUUUUUGAUGAUAAAAAUGUUUAUCAAGCUCCAGCAAGUGAAAUUUAUGAAGGAAAAUUAAAUAACAUUGAAGUUAUUAGUAAAUUACCUCAAUCAAUGAUGUUUAAAAAUACUUUAAGAGGAGGAAAUCAAUCAGAUCAUCAACAACAACUACAACAACAUUCUGAUAAUAUGAAUAAUAUGAAUAAUAUGAAUAAUAUGAAUAAUAUGAAUAUGAAUAUUCAACAACCUCAACAAACUCUUACCUCAAUGAUGAAUAAUCAAAUGAAUAGCAGUAAUACUAAUCAAUUUAUUACACCUCCAAUACAACAACAAUCAUUUACUUCAAUGAUACCUCAAACUUCUUCAAUUACCACUCAACAACCAACACUGCUACAUCAAAGUACACUUCCUACCAGUAUAAAGACAGUAACAUCUCCACCAUCCUUCAUUGUAGAAGGAGGUGAACCUUUACUAUUGGAAGAGGAUCAAGAAGAAGCUUCACUCUUUGAAGAUGAUGGAAAUCAACAAGAUCUCACUUUUACCUUGGAAAAUAAUGAAACUAUUGCUGAUCUGUUGGAUCCAUUCUUAACUAAUGAAGAGCUUGAUACAAUCUUUGCUUCUAAUGCUGACUUGCUUAUGGAUGAAAGCUGUUUCGAACAAUGUUAA